AUGGGUAAAACAUUGAUUAUGUUUCCGUUGAUUUUUGUUGUUAGUUUGUUGAUGAUGAUAAAUGGUACGUUAGCUUUGCCCAGUUUCAAGUCCAUUCUCAUAUUCGGUGACUCAUUUCUUGACACGGGCAACAACAACUAUAUCCCCACCAUUGCCCGUGCCAAUUUCCCUCCAUACGGUCAGGACUUCCCGAACCACGUUGCCACCGGUAGGUUCUCCAAUGGGCUGCUCAUGUCUGACAUGUUGGCGUCAGCCCUAGGGAUAAAGGAUCUUGUCCCCCCUUUCCUGAACCCAAAUCUGCCGGAUGCUGAGCUGACCAAAGGCGUUUGCUUUGCUUCCGCCGCAUCGGGAUACGACAACUUAACGAUGGCGUUGGCCGGCGCGAUUCCGGUGUCGAAGCAGCUUGAGUACUUUGAGAAAUACUUGGAGAAGCUGAAGGUGGUGGUUGGUGAAGAUGAAGCAAACGGGAUUGUGAAUGGCUCUUUGACGGUGAUUUUUUCUGGUAGCAAUGACAUGAUCCUUAGUCCUCGCCGCCUGCAGCUUGGACCUGAAGCUUUCGGAGAUUUCAUCUUGGACAGGGUCCAAGAUUUCAUUAAGGCAGCAUAUGCGAAAGGGAUCAGGAACAUUUUAGUGGCCGGAAUUCCAAUGGACACAAUGGGCUAUAACCAGAAACUGGUGAACUUGCUGAGCAGAUUGCAGGCAUCUCUUCCAGGGACUAAACUUGUUUAUGCAGAUCUUCAAUAUGCCUUCUCUUCCUCGUAUCUCACUGCCCAUGCAAAUGGUAUAACAGAGCUACAAGUUCCAUGCUGCCCUUUAUGCAUUCCAGCAGGAGGAAUAGCAUGCCCAAACCCAGAUAAUUUCUUCAGAUGGGAUGUUAUUCAUCCCACUCAGGCUGCCUACAAGAUUAUUAUAAAAUACCUUAUUGAUAAUUCCAUUCCUAAGUUUGCUUAA